AUGUCUGAGAAUUCUAAAUCUGACAAAAAAGAAGAACUAAAGGAUAAUAUUAAAUCUUCUAUUACUGACCAAACUGGUAAAAAGAAAACCAAGAAGGAAAAAGAAGCAGAAGAAGAAUUAUCAGAAGAAGAUUUAAAAUUAAAAACUGAUCUAGAAUUACUAGUAGAAAGACUAAAAGAUGAAGAUCAAUCUUUAUAUAUGCCAUCUUUAGUUCAAUUAAAGAAAUUUAUUAAAAAUUCUACAAGUUCUAUGACAGCAGUUCCAAAACCAUUGAAAUUUUUACGUCCGUUAUACCCAAGCUUAUGCAAAGUUCAUGAAAAAUGGACUGAUAAUGAAUUGAAAUCAUCAAUUGCCGAUGUAUUAUCUGUGUUAGCGAUGACAUAUUCUGAUAAUGGGAAACAUGAUUCUGUAAGAUUUAGAAUGCUUUCAAAUGUUCCUAACAUGGAGGAUUGGGGCCAUGAAUAUUUACGCCAUUUAGCUUUGGAGCUAGGAGAAGUUUAUAAUGAUCAAGUAGAAAAAGAGGCAAAUGAAUUGACAAAUUCUUCUGAACAACCUUCAGUGCCAACUACAUUUGAUUUUCCAAAGGAAACUAUUUUACAAUUAUCAUUAGAGAUCGUUCCAUAUUUUUUAAAGCAUAAUGGUGAAGCAGAUGCAGUGGAUUUACUUUUAGAAAUUGAAGCCAUUGAUAAAUUACCACAGUUCGUUGAUGAAAAUACUUUCCAAAGAGUAUGCCAAUAUAUGAUUGCUUGUGUACCAUUAUUACCUCCACCAGAGGAUGUUGCAUUUCUUCAAACAGCUUAUUCUAUAUAUUUAUCUGAAUCAAAAUUGACUGAAGCAUUAACCUUAGCUAUCAGAUUAGGUGAUGAAUCGUUAAUUAGAUCAGUAUUUGAUGCUACUUCAGACGCUGUAAUUCAUAAACAAUUAGCUUAUAUGCUAUCUGCUCAGAAAUCUGCAUUUGAAUUUGAAGGAUUACAAGAAAUUAUUGGUAACACAAACCUUUCGGAACAUUUCUUAUAUUUAGCUAAAGAAUUGAACUUGACAGUUCCAAAGGUACCAGAAGACAUCUAUAAGAGUCAUCUUGAUAAUAGUAAAUCUGUAUUUACUGCUACAGGUAUGGAUUCAGCUCAACAAAAUUUGGCCGGGUCUUUUGUCAAUGGUUUAGUUAAUUUAGGUUAUAGUAACCAUAAAAUGAUGACUGAAAGUGACACUUGGGUUUACAAGACCAAAGGUGAUGGUAUGACUUCAUCCGUGGCCAACAUUGGUUCUGUCUUUCAAUGGAAUUUAGAUGGGUUACAACAAUUGGAUAAAUUCUUAUAUGUUGAAGAACCUGAAAUUAAAGCAGGUGCAUUAUUGGGUAUUGGUAUAUCUGCUGCUGGUGUACAUGAUGGUGAAGUAGAGCCAGCUUUACUUUUGUUACAAGAAUAUGUUACAAAUAGUGAUACCAAGAUUAGCUCAGCUGCAAUUUUAGGGUUAGGUAUUGCAUUCGCUGGUAGUCAAAACCAAGAAGUCUUAAGUUUGUUAUUACCAAUUGCUGCCGAUACAACAUUACCCAUUGAAACUUCUGUAAUUGCCUCCUUAGCAUUAUCUCAUAUAUUUGUUGGAACUUGUAAUGGUGAUAUUACUGCUUCAAUUAUGGAUAAUUUCCUAGAACGUACUGCAUUAGAAUUAAAAACCGAAUGGACAAGAUUUUUGACUCUCUCGUUAGGUAUCUUAUACAUGGGUCAAGGUGAACAAGUAGAUGAUGUUUUAGAAACACUUAAUGCUAUUGAACAUCCAAUGGUUUCGGCUAUUGAAGUAUUGGUAAGUACAUGUGCAUACACAGGAACUGGUGACGUAUUGUUAAUUCAAGACUUAUUGCAUCGUUUAACCCCAAAAGCUGUCAAGAAAGAUGAAGAUGAUGAAGAUGACGAAGAUGAUGACGAAGAAGGUAAUGAUGAAUUAGACGAAACCGCAGCUAUAAGAGAGUUAUUAGGUAAACAUGAAGCAGAAAUGAAACAGAAUGAAGAAACUCAAAAUGAUAACCCAGAUUCUAUGGAUAUUGAUGAUGAAUCAGUUGAAAAUGCACAACAAUCGAAAAAAGAAAGUGAAGAAGGAAAGAAAGAAACCGAAAUAAAAGCUGAAGAUGCAAUCAAUUCAAAGGAGGAAAAUGAUGAAAAGGACUUCAUUAAUGAUAAAGAAGAAAAAGAAGAAGCAGCUGUUGAUGAAUUGGCUUAUUCAGUACUAGGUAUUGCCAUGGUUGCCCUAGGUGAAGGUAUUGGUAAAGAGAUGUCUCUACGUCACUUCGGCCAUUUAAUGCAUUAUGGUAAUGAACAUAUUCGUCGUAUGGUUCCAUUAGCCAUGGGUUUAGUCUCUAUUGCUGAUCCACAAAUGAAAGUAUUUGAUACAUUAUCAAGAUUUUCUCAUGACCCUGAUUUACAAGUAUCUAUGAAUUCUAUCUAUGCUAUGGGGUUAUGUGGUGCUGGUACCAACAAUGCUAGAUUAGCUCAAUUAUUAAGACAAUUAGCCAGCUACUAUUCUCGUGAACAAGAUGCAUUAUUUAUUACAAGAUUAGCUCAAGGUUUAGUCCACCUUGGUAAAGGUACAAUGACUUUGGAUGUAUAUAAUGAUGCUCAUGUUUUGAAUAAAGUUACAUUAGCAUCCUUAUUGACCGUUCUAGUUGGUUUAAUAUCGCCAAAUUUUAUGUUGAAACAUCAUGAAUUAUUUUUCAUGCUAAAUAGUGGUGUAAGACCAAAAUACAUCAUAACAUUAAACGAAGAAGGAGAACCCAUUAAAGUUAAUGUCCGUGUUGGUCAAGCUGUCGAUACAGUUGGUCAAGCUGGUAAACCUAAGACUAUAACUGGUUGGAUCACUCAAUCCACCCCUGUUCUACUGAAUCAUGGUGAACGUGCUGAAUUAGAAACAGAUGAAUAUAUCAGCUAUGCAAGCAACAUCGAAGGUAUUGUGAUCCUUAAGAAGAAUCCUGAUUAUAACGAAGAAGAAUAA